AUGGCAAUCCUCCUCAAGUCCAUGAUCAGUAGCAAAAUAAAAGACCUUGGAGGAGGUGGAGGAGGAGGUGGAGGAGGAGGAGGAGGUGGAGGAGGAGAAGAGGACAAGGCAACAGAGGGAGAUGGGAAGCCGACUCCACAGAGCACUGGCAUGACCAGGGACGAGUUUGAGGAAUACCAGCGGCAACUCUUAGAGGAAAAAAUAGAACGAGACAACGCAUUUACACAGAAGAAGGCAGAGAGGGCUACAAUCCGUUUGCACAUGAGGGGAAAAUAUCGUCUACCCCAGAAUGACAAGGAUGAGAGCCAGCUGCAGAUGGCAGGAGGUGACGUGGACCUGCCUGAGGAUCUGGCCAAGAUGAUGCAAGAAGAUGAAGAGGAUGAGGAAGCCAACAACUCCAUCCUGGGCAGCAUUCAGAACAUGGACUUCGACACCUUGAAGGUUAAAGCCCAGGAAACGUUCACUGAGAUGAAACAGACGGCGGAGGAGAAAUGCUCUGUGAUGUAACGUUGGUUUAAGUGGGUCAAAGACUUGCUGAGGGUUCCUCCUCAACGUGAGUGUUGUGAUGUGGUCCACUGAAGGUAAAGCACCCCGUAGACGUUGACAUUACUUGAUGCACUCUUCACAUUGUAGUCGCUUAGUCUCCAGUUACUUGAGGAGGAUCUACAUCGCCACCUCCAAGGACUCAACCUGCCACCUGGCCCAUGAACAGGCAAGCAUGGUCCUUGCAUUGCUCACUAGCUUGGUCUACACCUCUGGCAAUGGAAACCCACAAACAUCCCAUCGGUGCAACAUCCAGUGUUAUAACGUGGAACGCACUCUCUCUGCAACGGCCUGGUGUUACACUGCCAGAUUCUAAAAUUGCCCCAGUUACCCAGUUACCCCAAUCUGGAGUAGAUUGGAAAAUGGGACUUGCAACCCAUCAGCAACACUGAAUGCUCAGCACAAGAUGGUUGGUUGCAUGGUACACCACACAAUGGUGUAUUAUUCCUCAAUCAGUCCCAACAGUCAAUGUGAAUGGUCAUGUCUGAUCAGGUGGAGUUUAGUUUUAGUUUAGUGACACAGCACAGAAACAGGUCCAUCUACCCAUCGAGUCUGUGCCGACCAGCGAUCCCCGCACGUUAACACCACUCUACACACUCUAGGGACCGAAGCCAAUUAACCCACAAACCUGUACGCCUUUGGAGUGUGGGAGGAAACCUGGGGCACCUGGAGAAAAGCCACGUGGCCACAGGGAGAAGGUACAAACUCCGUACAGACAGCACCCGUAGUCAGGAUCAGUACCUGGUGCAUUGAGGCAGUAACUCUACCGCUGCGCCACCUUCCCGCCCCUAACGUAACAUUAUUGACGGCUGCUCCUCACUCAGCGAGAAGCAAAGUGGAAACUAGACCCUGCUCUCUCUGCUCACUCAUUCGCCACAGUUUGCAUUGCAUUGGCCACAAGUAGCACCUGACUGUGCAUUUGCUGUGUUUCAAUGGGCCCUCGUUGGACAUGGACUGCCCAUUGAACAGGCAAGCAGGAUCCUUGCAUUGAUAUAGGAUCUUUGAUCGUUACCCAGUCUCAACCCCACACUAUUCAAGAGAUUCAGUAGCAAAAGGUCUAAGGACUUAGUGUGAGAAAUGGUCAGAGAGGAGGAGUGUGUGUGGGGGGGGGGGGUUGUAUCCCCCAAGACCCGACAUUGACAAAAAAACAAGUUGGUUCAGGGUGCGCUCAUGGUUAUAGGUUCUAGAGAGUAACCUAGAGUAGGCCAUUCUGCCCAUCAAAUCACCAGAGGUCAUAGACUCAGAAUUGAAGGAAGAGGAAUGUCUUUAGUCGGAUAGUGGUGAAUAUGUGGACUUUGCCACAGGAGGCUGUGUCAGUGGAUGUUUUUUAAGGCAGAGAUACUGUAGAUAGAUUCUUGAUCAGUACAUGUGUCAGGGGUUAUGGGGAGAAGGCAAGAGAAUGGGGUUAGGAGGGAGAGAUAGAUCAGCCAUGAUUGAAUGGCGGAGUAGACUUGAUGGGUCGAAUGGCCUAAUUCUGCUCCUAUCUCUUAUGAACUAAUGAACUUAUAAGUCUACUCCACCAUUCAAUCAUGGCUGAUCUAUCUUUCCCUCUAUCUCCUGAAGUCCGUGAGACUCCAAACAACAAACGUUCCAUCUCGGAGCCAGCACUCGGUCACAACAAGGGGAGGUAAAUAAAUAACUGGGCAACAUUCGGGCAAGGUGAUGAUGAGCAUGGUGUUCACUACAAACCCGCACACCCCAACUCAAGUCUGGAAACCGAUCGCACUGACAGCUAGUGUGGAUUUGGAUUUGUAACCAAUCAGAAUUGUUUAGCACAGAUUAAUUGGCAGCAAUGUUUAAAAUCUCAUUUGAUUUGUGGGUUUACAUUUUGCAACAUCCUCCGUGGUGUAAAUAAUAAAAAUAAACAACUUCCUUUCAGCGCUGCGUUUUAUUUCCAUGG